CAACCCCAACCCCAACCGGCGCAAGGGCCGCGGACUAAGGAGCGUUGUUGUACAGCUAAGCCUACAAAUCCGCGACACAUUUGGAUUUGAUUUGGUAUCAGACAAUUUCCUCGCUAAAUUCAGGCCUUCACCAAUCGUUCCUUUCCUUGGAAACCAUCCGAAUUCCCUCCCUUCAUUGCAAACCUAUAUAUAAGCCCCAUUAAACCCCUCUCGUUCCUCUCUCUCUCUCUCUCUCUGUCUCUAAGAUUGAAAUUUAACAAUAAAGAACAUAAAUCUCAAAUCACACUAAAAUCGAAGCUCUAUGUAACUGAUACCUCGUUAGGAUCUUGAACUCCCAUAAUAUCUUCUGUAUCUUUGUUUUUCUGCAACAAAAUUCGGAUCGAAGAAGGGAAGCCAUGGUCGAGACUAGGGGAAGCUCAGCUAAAUCCAAACGUUCUCUUUCUACUUCGGGCAGUUCCCCCCCACCGAACGGGAAACGCUCAAAGGUGAAGGAAGCGUCUUCAACAACGAACGAGGUUUCUUGUGCUUCGCCGGCGGAAACACUAGUGUCGCCUAAAGACUCUGGGUCUGAAUCUCAUUACCCGGAAGUUCGCCCUUCUGAUCCGUCGUCUGCACUAGAUCAUUCCAGGGAACCCGAUGCAUGUGAGGCCACUAUGAUAGAGAAAUCCCCAGAUUUGGACGGAGAAUACGAGGCUCUGGCGUCAUCUUCAUCUUUAGAUGGUCCCGCGGCUAAGGCUGACAAGUCGGUGAAGUUAGUUCGCAAGGCAUUGAAUCGAGGGAGGAAAGGGCCUGCAAAGGGUCGUGCGAGUGUUCCAUGGGGAAAGCUCUUCUCCCGGUGCUCGCAGAAGGAGCCCCUGCUCAUUUCUGGAUCCCUUUUCACAAUUGGUCAUGGCCAGCAGUGUGACUUACAGCUGAUGGACCCAUCUGUCAGCUUAAUUCUGUGUAAACUGAGGCACAUAGAGAAAGGAGGUUCAUCUAUUGCUUUACUGGAAAUCUCAGGGAGAAAAGGGGUUGUCCGAGUAAAUGGCAAUAUUAUUGGGAAAAAUUCCUCGACCAUCCUUAGUGGAGGGGACGAGGUGGUUUUUGAUUCAUCUGUUGAACAUGCAUAUAUUUUCCAGUUGCUCACAAAUGAUAACGUAGCUAAUACGAGACUGCCAAUUUCAGUUAGCAUUUCACAAGCUCAGAGGGCUCCAGUUAAAGGAAUCCAUCCUGGGAUAAGGUCUGGAGACUCAUCAGCUGUUGCAGGAGCAUCAAUAUUAGCAUCGCUAUCAAAACUCAGAAAUUUAUCACUUUUUCCAUCAUCUGUGCAAGAUGGGGAGGAUGUACAACAGCAGGAUGGGGAAAAGCCUGUACUACCUUCUGGUUGUGAAGGAUUGGGGAACCCUGAUCCUGAUCUUGAUGUCAGUUUCCAUGCUAGGAAGGGUAGUCCUGAACAUAAUGAGAAGGCUGGUAUUUUGUCAAAAGAGAAAUCUGCUGUUCUGUCUGCUGAUGUUGCUGCCAAUGACUCCUUGCAUGUUGAUGAGACGAACUUGGGUACUGAUCUUGCCGCAGAGAUUAGGAAGAUUUCUGGGACAAGUGAUGAACGAAUGGCACUUUUGCAGAUGCUUGCAGGAUCAUUUACUCCGGAGCUUUAUUCACGUAGAGACAUUGUGAAAGCAUUUUAUGAGCUAAGGGGAAAUGAGGAGCUUCCCAAGGAUUUGGAUCAAACUACAAUAUCAUCCUCAGCAAGGCGCCAAACAUUUAAGGAUAGUUUACAACAACGAAUUCUCACUGCUAACAACAUUGAGGUAUCCUUGGAUUGUUUCCCAUAUUAUUUGAGUGAGACCACAAAAAAUGUUUUAAUUGCAUCGACAUAUAUACACUUGAAGAGUAAUAAAUUCAUGAAGUAUAUGUCAGAUCUCCCAACUGUGAGCCCACGGGUGUUGUUGUCAGGUCCUGCAGGUUCUGAAAUAUAUCAAGAAGUGUUGGCAAAGGCACUAGCCAAACAUUUUAGUGCUAGGUUGCUCAUAGUUGAUUCUCUUCUGUUUCCUGGUGGACCAUCAUCAAAGAAGUCAGAAUCUGUUAAAGAAUGUUCAAGGUCUGAAAAAUCAAGCACAUUACCUAAGCAACGGGCUACGCAGGGGGCUGCCUUAUCACACAGUAAACCAGCUUCUAGUGUUGAAACUAAUAAUAUUGGGACGUUUACUUUUGGCUUCCAAUCUCUGCCGAAGCAGGAGGCAUCUUCUGCAUCAACUAAAAGGUGCACUUGUAAAACAGGUGAUGGAGUAAGGUUUGCAGGUUCCACACCCUCAUCUGGAUUAUCUCUUCCCGCUCCUUCAAGGGGACCAAGUUAUGGCUAUAAAGGCAUGGUACCAUCUGCUUUUGAAGAAAAUGCAUCGUCGAAAGUUGGAGUAAUAUUUGACAAACCAAUCCCAGAAGCUAAGUCACUUUGUUUAGACAGCUCUGAAUGUGAUAAUAUUGACAAACUUGCUAUCAAUGAACUGUUUGAGGUGGCUUCUAGUGAGAGUAAAAGUGGUCCAUUGAUAUUGUUCAUAAAAGACAUAGAGAAGUCUAUCGCAGUAAACCCAGAGGCAUAUGCCAAUUUGAAGAGUAAGCUGGAAAAUCUGCCAGAGAAUGUGGUUGUUAUCUGUUCACAUACUCAGAUGGACAACCGUAAGGAGAAGUCACAUCCUGGUGGUCUUCUGUUUAGAAAGUUGGGAAGCAAUCAAACAGCUAUGCUCGACUUUGCUUUUCCGAAUAACUUUGGUAAGCUAUAUGCGAGAAGUAAAGACAUUCCAAAGGUGAUGAAGCAGCUUAUUCGACUUUUCCCGAACAAAGUGACCAUUCAGCUGCCACAAGAGGAUGAAACUUUACUCUUGAAUUGGAAGCGGAAAUUGGACAAUGAUGUUGAAAUUCUGAAAGCACAGUCAAACAUUGUUAGCAUCCGCUCAGUUCUAAAUGAAAAUGGAUUGGAGUGCCCUGACCUUGAAAUAAUUUGCAUAAAAGACCAGGCCCUCACAAGGGAAAAUGUGGGGAAGAUAGUUGGUUGGGCAUUAAGUUAUCACGUCAUGCAUAGCACUGAAACUCUGACCAAAGAUUCUAAACUUCUAAUUUCCAGUGAAAGCAUUAGGUAUGGGCUCAACAUUCUCCAUGGUAUAUUAAAUGAGUCUAAGAGUUUGAAGAAAUCACUCAAGGAUGUGGUCACUGAGAAUGAAUUUGAAAAAAAACUUCUUGCCGAUGUUAUCCCAGCUGAUGAUAUUGGAGUCACUUUUGAUGAUAUUGGAGGAUUGGAUAAUGUAAAGGAAACAUUGCAGGAAUUGGUGAUGCUUCCUUUGCAAAGGCCUGAAUUGUUUUGCAAAGGACAGCUAACAAAGCCUUGUAAGGGAAUACUGCUAUUUGGACCUCCUGGUACAGGGAAAACAAUGCUUGCAAAAGCUGUUGCAACCGAGGCAGGUGCGAACUUUAUCAACAUAUCAAUGUCAAGUAUAACCUCAAAGUGGUUUGGUGAAGGAGAAAAGUAUGUGAAAGCAGUGUUCUCUUUAGCCAGUAAAAUUUCCCCUAGUGUUGUUUUUGUUGAUGAGGUUGAUAGCAUGUUAGGAAGACGUGAAAAUCCAGGAGAGCAUGAAGCUAUGCGGAAAAUGAAAAAUGAGUUCAUGGUAAAUUGGGAUGGUUUGCGUACGAAGGACAAAGAACGUGUAUUGGUACUUGCUGCAACUAAUAGGCCUUUUGACCUUGAUGAGGCUGUUAUAAGAAGGCUCCCUCGUAGGUUGAUGGUAAACUUGCCUGAUGCCCCCAACAGAGAAAAAAUUCUGAGAGUGAUAUUAGCAGAAGAAGAAAUGGCACCUGAUGUUGAUUUGGCAGCAAUUGCAAAUAUGACUGAUGGAUAUUCUGGAAGUGACCUAAAGAACUUAUGUGUUGCGGCAGCACAUUGUUCCAUCAGGGAAAUUCUAGAGAAAGAAAAGAAGGAGAAAGCUUUAGCAUUGAAAGAGAACAGACCUCUCCCUGCACUUCAUGGCAGUGCAGACAUUCGUCCUUUAAACAUGAAGGAUCUGAUAUACGCACACAAGCAGGUAUGUGCCAGUUUAUCAUCUGAGUCUGCAAAUAUGAACGAGCUUCUCCAGUGGAAUGAGAUGUAUGGUGAAGGCGGGUCAAGGAAAAAGAUAUCACUGAGCUAUUUCUUGUAGAGGAGCUAUACUAAUUGUACAGUACAAUAUUUUUUCUCUUCCUUCAUUCUAAAAUCCCGGAAGUUUAGAUUUUUUACUUGCAUUACUGGAAGAGCCAGUGGCCCAACUGUAACUUUCUUCUAGGCUGCUGCUCUUUUUGGUUGUACUUGGAAAAACAAUUUAGUGGAUGGAAUAAUCAUCUUUGUAUGUCUAUCUUCUCCUGAAGCAGUUCUGUUGCACUUCUAGCAUUGAGGAAGGUUGGAACUAGGAAUAACUAGACUUGAAUCGAAUGAAAGAUUCUAUUCAAUGCUUGUGAAAAUAACUAA